AUACAGUCUAUCCGGGAGAUAAAACCAUCCAGAUAGAGCAUAGAAGGAACAGUCUCUUGGGAAACUGAAGAGGAAGCAAGCUUUAACUCUGCAAUAGAGCUGAGAAUCAUGUUGCCCCUUAUUCUGUUGGGACUGGCCCUCUCUGCUGAGCUUCGAACCUCACUUUCAUUAGUGGCGGUGGAUCCCUGCUUGGCCUACAUCAGCUUGAACGAGCCUUGGCGGAACACGGAGCACCACAUCAACGUGUCGCGCGGGAGGCCCAUGUGCGACAGCCGCAUGGACGGGGAGUGGUACCGCUUCACCGGCAUGGCAGGGGACGCCAUGCCCACCUUCUGCAUCGAGGAGAAUCUCUGCGGCACCCAUGCGCCCAUCUGGCUGAAUGGCAGCCACCCCAUGCAGUCCGACGGCAUUGUGUCGGUGCAGGCUUGCGCCAGCUUCAACGACAACUGCUGCCUCUGGAACACCACGGUGGAUGUGAAGGCUUGCACGGGAGGUUACUACGUCUACCGACUACCAAACCCCAUCGUCUGUUUCCACGUGUACUGUGGCCAUUUCUAUGAUAUUUGUGAUCAUGUGGAUUGCGUGGGGCACUGCGUGGAUGAAGAUGAAUGUCGAUGCGCUCCCGGCACUGUCCUCGGACCAGAUGCCCAGAUUUGCCUAGAUGUCAACGAGUGUGCUGUCAACAAUGGGGGUUGCAGUGAAGAAUGCAUCAACCUGCAAGGCUCCUUCCGCUGCAAGUGUGGGAUUGGAAAAGCACUGGGCAGGAACUCUGUGACCUGCGAAGACAUUGAAGGCUGCCACAGCACUAAUGGAGGUUGCAGUCACAACUGUGUGUCGGAGGAGGGGGGAUAUCACUGUGAAUGUCCGCGUGGGCUCAUAUUAUCAGAGGACAAUCACACCUGCCAAGUGCCGGUGCAGUGUAAGUCCAAGUCGAUUGAAGUGGCUGUACCUAAGGAUUUAGUUGGCGGUUUGGAACUGUGUCUCUUGAAUGCUUCAUGCAAAGCUCUCUCCAAUGGGACUCACGUCAACAUUAACUUCAAUCUCAAAACCUGUGGCACAGCUGUAGAGGUCGUGGAUGAUAAGAUCAUUGCAAGAAACACACUGACUGGUAUUCCCAAGCAGACUCCGGGCAGCAAUGGGGACAUUAUCAUCCGGACCAGCAAACUGGUGAUCCCCAUCACCUGCGAGUUCCCCCGCCAGUACAUCGUGUCGGAAGGGUAUGUGCCCAACCCUGCAAACUCCCCCCUGCAGAUCAUGGGCAGAAACCACGGCCUCUUCCCCUUUGCCCUGGAGAUCUUCAAAUCCAAAGAUUUUGAUGAGAUUUACAAAGACACGCCGCCUGUUCUCAAAUUGCGAGACUCCCUGUACUUUGGCAUUGAGCCACUCAUGCACGUGGAUGGGCUGGAAGCCCUGGUUGAGAACUGCUUUGCUACUCCCUCUGCCAGCAGCGAUGAUAUAAUGCGGUACUACCUCAUAAAGGAUGGCUGCAUCAAUGAUGAAACAGUCAAGCAAGAGACAUCCAACGACCAUCUUGCAAAACAUUUCUAUGUCCCUGUCUUUAAGUUUGUGGGAAGAGACAAUAAGAAGGUGUACUUGCACUGCCGAGUGCUGGUGUGUGGAGCCCAGGACACCAAGUCUCGAUGCUCCCAGGGCUGCCGCAAGCGGAUGCAUAGAUCAGCGGAGACGGGCACUGGAGGCCACCUGAGGGAUCAUCUCCUCAGCGGAGGUCCGAUUGUGAUUGAAACCCAGUGACAAAGCUGGGCAGCAUCCAGAUCAAUCCACUGAACACCUUUAACUUUGUCCAUUAAUACACGUUGCACAAAAAUGUAUCGUUGCUUUAGCUAGAUAAUUAUACUUGUUUGUUUUCUGAUUAGCAGACUGAACUAAUGAUCCCUGUAAUGGGACACUAAUUGUGUGGCUUGCAUUGUAGCAUAGUCCAUUUUGAAUAUAUCUUGAUUACAGAUACCUAUAGCUAUACCUUUUUAAUAAAGAUGCAUAUUACUUUAU